GAGAGAUAGACGGAGAGGGAGUUGGGGAGGUCGAAGCAGUGGGAAUGCACUGUAGCUCUGGCUGUGAAGAGCGAAGGUUGUCCGGCCAGAUUCGCAGUUAUUUCCUCGCUUCCCUCUGUACCUUCAUCCAGAGGGCCAGACCCGCAUCUGAAGCGCGUGACGGCGGCUGCGUGGAGACUGAACGCGGAGCUAAACUGGAGCUCCACUGCGGUGUUACAGUUACUCAUGUAACGAGGAUGUCCAAUGGAAAACAGGUGGUCUAUAAAGGCACUUGGUGGUGUAUAGGGCUGACACACUGACUGUUUCUACAGAGAAGGACGGCUCAAACACAGACACACCUCUGAUGCCUCGGGCCAGUCUGAGCUCAUGGUGUGUGCUCGCUGGGAUAAACUAGUGGCCUGGCCAGAGAGCGCAGUGUUGCUACACACUAUAAAGCCCACACAGGAUGUCGUGGGCCAGAGGCCUCUUUGUAGGCAGAGUGGAUGAGCGAAAGACAGCAUGGGGAGAGCGCAAUGGCAAAAAGAGAAAGGACAGCUCGUCGCUGUGCAACCCACACUACAUGAGUUGUCUGAGAGACCCUGAGGACCUGGAGCUCCCUAAUGCAGCCCCCCAGCAUUACCAUUGCGGAGCAGGCACCAGCGGGGGCAGCUAUGGCUUGCGCUGUGGCUGGCAGGAGGACCACUAUGGGAAGAGGAUGGGUGGUGGGGAUCUGGGUCUAAAGGCAGUGGACCUGGGCUUUGAAGAUGGCGAGCUGAAGGGCAGGAAAGAGGAUGAAUUAGAGGAAUCAGCAGAGGGUGGCUGCAAGGCGAUGACUGCAGCAGACUGCUGGAUGCGGAUUGUGUGGGUUUUCCAAUCUAAGAAAUUUCAGUCAGCCAAGCUGGAGCGUCUGUACCAGCGCUACUUCUUCAGACUCAACCAGAGCUCUCUGACCAUGCUGAUGGGGGUGCUGGUGGUGGUUUGUGCGGUCAUGCUGGCCUUCCACUGUAUCCACACGACCCCCGACGUGGCCUACGUCUCAGUACUCUCUGUGGCCAUGGCUCUCUUCCUGGCCAUGAUGGUGGUUUGCAACCGCAACGGCUUCCACCAGGACUACAUGUGGAUUGUGAGCUACCUUGUGAUCGGCGUGCUGAUUGUAGUGCAGAUAUUUGGGGUGCUGAGGGUGUACCCCCCCAGUGCCUCAGAGGGCAUCUGGUGGACGGUCUUCUUCAUCUACAUCAUCUACACGCUGCUGCCAGUCAGAAUGAGAGCUGCUGUGGUUAGCGGAGCUGUGUUGUCCACCAUACACCUAGUGACCUCCUGGCAGCUCAACCAAGACUACAAGUUCGUUUUUAAACAGAUCAGUGCCAACGUGCUGAUCUUCGUGUGCACUAACAUGAUCGGGAUCUGUACCCACUACCCUGCUGAGGUCUCCCAGAGGCAAGCCUUCCAGGAGACCAGAGGAUAUAUCCAGGCCAGACUGUACCUGCAGAGGGAAAACCAGCAGCAGGAGCGCCUACUGCUGUCAGUGCUGCCAAGGCACGUUGCCAUGGAGAUGAAGGCUGAUAUCAAUGCCAAGAAGGAAGAUAUGAUGUUCCACAAGAUCUACAUCCAAAAACACGACAACGUUAGCAUACUGUUUGCAGACAUCGAGGGCUUCACCAGCCUGGCGUCUCAGUGCACGGCCCAGGAGCUUGUCAUGACGCUGAACGAGCUGUUUGCCCGCUUUGACAAGCUGGCCUCGGAGAACCACUGCCUGCGUAUUAAAAUCCUGGGGGACUGUUACUACUGUGUGUCAGGGCUUCCUGAGCCCCGGGCUGACCACGCCCACUGCUGUGUGGAGAUGGGAGUAGACAUGAUUGAGGCCAUCUCGCUGGUGAGAGAGGUGACGGGUGUUAAUGUGAACAUGCGGGUGGGCAUUCACAGCGGCCGCGUCCACUGCGGGGUGCUGGGCCUGCGCAAGUGGCAGUUUGACGUCUGGUCCAACGACGUCACCCUCGCCAAUCAAAUGGAAGCUGGGGGGAAGGCUGGGCGUAUCCACAUCACCAAAGCCACGCUACAGUAUCUGAACGGGGACUAUGAGGUGGAGCCUGGAUUUGGAGGAGAGAGGAAUGCUUACCUGAAGGAGAACAACAUUGAAACCUUCUUGGUGCUGGGCUGUAGCCAGAAGAGGAAAGAGGAGAAAGCCAUGAUGGCCAAGAUGCAGAGAGCACGUGCGAAUUCUGCCGAGGGACUGAUGCCACGCUGGGUGCCUGACAGAUCCUUCUCCAGAACCAAGGAGUCCAAAGUCUUCAGGCAGAUGGGCAUCGACGAAGCAUCCAGCAAAGACAACCGCUGUGCUCAGGAGGCCCUGAACCCUGAGGAUGAGGUGGAUGAGUUUCUUGGACGGGCUAUUGACGCGCGAAGCAUUGACCAGCUGAGGAAGGACCACGUCAAGAAGUUCCUACUCACCUUUCAGACUGUCGACCUUGAGAAAAAGUACUCCAAAAAGGUUGAUGAUCGUUUUGGAGGAUACGUGGCCUGCACACUCUUUGUGUUCUGUUGCAUCUGUUCCAUUCAGAUCAUUAUUUUCCCAGACAAAAUGCUUAUGACUGGUCUUUACAUCAGCAUCUUCAUCGUCCUUACCAGCAUCCUCUUCAUCUGUGCCAUCUACUCCUGCAUCAAACUCUUCCCAGCUGCCUUGCAGACCGUGACAAGGAAAAUAGUCCAGUCUCGUGCAAACAGCACACUGGUGGGCGUCUUCACCAUCAUCCUCCUCUUCAUUUCCUCCUUUGCUAACAUGUUUACCUGCAGCAGAGUGAAACUGCGGGAAUGUGUGGCUGAAACGCUGAACACAACUCCCAACUCAGUGACUCUCUGCCUGCUGCACAACCUGACCAAGACAGCAGUCGACGGUUUGACUCUGUGUUCCACUGAUUCCAUGCCCAUGCCCUGCCAUUUCCCCGAGUAUUUCAGCUACAGUGUACUGCUGACCCUGUUGGCCUGCUCUGUGUUCCUCCACAUCAGCAGCAUAGGGAAGCUGGCUCUGAUGGUGUUCAUCCAGCUCACUUUCCUCCUGCUGGUGGAGUGGCCUCAGGUGGUCCUGUUUGACAACGCAGACCUGCUGGUCAUUGCCAACACCCUGCUAUUAUCACCUGUUAAUGAUUCCCAACAACAGCCUGGUUUCAAUGAAACUGCAGAACAGUGCCUGGACAGUGUGCCUCAGGUACCCUUAAAGGUCAUGACCCCUGUAAUCUUGACCGUGUUUGUUCUGGCUCUCUACUUGCAUGGCCAGCAGGUGGAGUCCACCGCUCGCCUUGACUUCCUCUGGAAGCUGCAGGCCACAGAAGAGAAGGAGGAGAUGGAGGAGCUGCAGGCAUACAACCGGCGCCUGCUCCACAACAUCCUGCCCAAGGAUGUAGCCGCCCAUUUUCUUGCACGGGAGCGCCGGAAUGACGAGUUGUACUACCAGUCAUGUGAGUGCGUUGCAGUUAUGUUCGCCUCCAUCAGCAAUUUCUCUGAGUUUUACGUGGAGCUGGAGGCUAACAACGAGGGAGUGGAGUGUCUCAGGCUGCUCAACGAGAUCAUUGCCGAUUUUGACGAGAUCAUCAGUGAGGAGAGGUUCCGUCAGCUGGAGAAAAUCAAGACCAUUGGCUCCACCUACAUGGCAGCCUCUGGCCUCAAUGACUCCACCUACGACAGAGAGGGCCGUUCACACAUCCUGGCUCUGGCCGACUACGCCAUGAGGCUUAGGGAGCAGAUGAAAUACAUCAAUGAGCACUCCUUCAACAACUUCCAGAUGAAGAUAGGGUUGAACAUGGGGCCAGUGGUAGCAGGGGUGAUUGGAGCCAGGAAACCACAGUAUGAUAUCUGGGGGAACACAGUCAAUGUGGCCAGCCGGAUGGACAGCACAGGAGUACCAGACUGCAUCCAGGUGACCACGGACUUAUACCACGUGCUGGUCAACAACGGAUACCAGCUGGACUGUCGAGGUGUUGUCAAGGUGAAGGGCAAGGGAGAGAUGACCACUUACUUCCUCACCAGCGGUCCCCCGGGCAGUUAACAACAGGCAGGCCGACCGCAGCGUGACUCCCACUGCACUGAUGAGACAGAGACUGCAGAAAGACUGAGUGGUCAGCUCGGCGAGGAGCACCAAAGCACGGUGCGAAACACACUGGGGACGGGAGAUGGCCAACAGAGACGAGCUCGGCCUGUCUGUUUGUUGUCACGUACUCAGAUGCACACAUGUAGGACGUUGUUCAUGUUUGAAGGCUUUUUUCAAGCUGCUCGAGAGAUCACGAAGCCCAGUUGCCUUAGGACGGAAGUGGCUAUGCUUGUGUUUAUGAGCAAUAGUACAAGUAUUUCAUCUGGAGUCGUUAUUUAUUUUGGUGUGGAUGGAUUUUU